GAUCACGUGUCGUCAUCUCCAACCGAGUGUGGGGGGCCUGAGCGAGCCAAAAAGCGCGAGAAAAUGCCGAGUAAGUGACGAGGACUGAGCGAAAUGAUAUAUCAGAUAUGGAAUCUACGAAAUGGAAUUUUCUAUAAAGGCGCUGUUGUCGCUGCGAUUUGGGGAUGGAAAAUCAUCAGUUCAAUUACGGUUUUCUACCUACUAUUUACUUACUACUACUCACUUGUUCGCUUACUUACUUAUGAGUUUAAUACUUCACAUCCGAGUUAAAUCAUACAUACAUAUACAGUCUAAUUUCUAUCCACUUCCGCUUCUUUGAGAUCAAGAUUGAGGUCCACCACUCUAAGCGAUUACCUCUUUGAGCUAUUCUAAAUCUCAACCACGCAAGUUUUGUAUUUCAUCUAAUACGAGAUACAAACUUCCCUAUCAAAAUGUCUACAAUGGAUAAACCAUGUAAUGAAUGCAUCAAGGGAACCAUCCACACCGGCCUCCCCAUCGGUGACUACCAAACCAUCCACGGUCUCCGCACCUACAUUAUCGGCAACCCUUCCACGUCUCGCGCAACAAUCGUGCUCUACACCGAUAUAUUCGGACACCUGCUCCCCAACAAUCUCCUCCUUGCCGAUGCCUUUGCCGCUUCAGGAGAAUAUCUCGUCUACGUACCUGAUUUCUUCGAAGGUGAUCCCGUUGCGCUUAAAGUUGCGGAUUUGCUGAUACCCGUCGAUGCGAGUAAACAGGGGACGCUUGGUAAGUAUACGGGGAUCUUGGCUAGUGCGCCAAGUUUUUUGAUGUGGAUGGGUCGACAUAAGGAAGCGAGGUGUAGCGCGGUUUGUAAUGGAUUUUUGGAGAAGUUAAGAAUGGAGACGAAUGGGGAAAGGAAGAUUGGGAUGGUGGGGUAUUGUUGGGGUGGUCGAUAUGCCAUUCGUGCUGGGCUGGAAUCGAACAUGAUUUUGAUUGAUAGAGUUAAGAAACCAUUGAUAGAUGCGGUUGUUGCGUUACAUCCGAGUAAUUUGGUCUUUCCCAGAGACGUGGAGGGAUUGGUUGUACCAAUCAGUUAUGGAUGGGGAGAAAAAGAUGUAGCGGUUUCGAUUAAAUCGAAGGGAAUAAUUGAGGAAAUUCAUCAGAAGGAGGGGGAGAAGGGGAGAAAGGUACCGGAAAUGGAACAUAGGGUUUAUAAGCCUGGAAGACAUGGUUUUGCGGUCAGAGGGAAUCCAGAUGAUCCACUGGAAAGGGCAUGUCUGGAAGAUUCAAUGAAGCAAGGCUUGGAAUGGAUGGGAAAGUGGCUUUGAUUUGAAUCGAGAGCUAUUUGGAGUUUUUGAGAAUUGUUUCUUGGAGAAUGUUUUUAAUUAAUUUGCUAUUUGAGUUUCCUUCUAC